AUGCCUACAAUGCAAAAGCGCGAGGACUAUGCGACUGUAGACGAGUACGGUGCAGCUGUGAGGCUCAAAAAGCGAAGCGAGCACAAGAAACGCGCGAAACGAGCCAAGAAUUACCUUGGCCUGCAGCGGGUGACCCGGAAGAAGAAUUACAAGAGAAAAAUGGAGAUGAGCGGCUGUAGCAUCAUCGGGGAAGCCAUAGCCAUCCGCUUAACCGAGGAAGAGACUGGCGGCGAGAUCCACGAAGAAGUCGAAGAUAAGGCAGCGGCGCAGGCGGAUAUCGAGUGGGACGGCGAGAAGGACCCGGCGAGGAAGAUCUUGGCGAGGUCGUCGACCUGGCUCAAUUGA